AUGACUCGUGAAGAUGGUGUUGAAUAUAGGCAGAGGAGUUCAGAAAAGACCUCGGAUCCUCGGAGUGGUACGUUUGGGUUCGUGCCUCGGUUGCUGGAUAGAUUGUGCCCGAGUGUCAAUUGUCUGUUGUCAUCUUGUUAA